AUGGGCUCCAUUGGUAUUGCACCCCAGCAGUUGGUAGGAGAACGCCUGCCCAAUGGCUUGGUCAAUCAAUGGCACUCACAGGCUCGAAAGCUGAAGAUCAUCCAUGUUGGCGCCGGUGCGACUGGCCUCUGCACAGCUUUCAAGAUGGAAAGACAACUAAGCGACUACGAUCUCAUCUGCUACGAAAAGAAUGGUGAAAUAGGAGGCACAUGGUACGAGAACCGGUACCCGGGGUGUGCUUGCGACGUGCCCGCUCCAAUUUAUACCUACACGUUCGAAGCCAAUCCGGAGUGGAAGUCUUACUAUGCGUACUCGCCAGAAAUUCAUGACUACUUCACAAGUUUUGCAGAUAAAUACGACUUACGAAGAUACGUGAAGCUGGAUCACAAAGUCGUGUCCGCGGUAUGGGACGAGGACACAGGCCAGUACAAGGUGGAGGUUGAAACUCCUGACGGCCUAAUUGAGGACUACUGCGACAUACUCAUGAAUGGAUCUGGCCUCAUCAACAAAUGGAAAUGGCCAGCUAUUGAGGGCUUGCAUUCUUUCCAAGGACCGCUGAUACACUCUGCAGCAUGGAAUCCCGACGUUGACUGCACAGACAAAAGAGUGGCGGUGCUUGUUGCGAAGAAAUUGACAACGUUCGUGAGAAGUCCCACGUGGAUCAGUCCGCCUAUGCCACGUGUACAAAUCGAAAUGAACAAGUCGGACGACUCUGCUGAGCUCACCGAUUACAAUCCAAAUGAGCAGCAGUAUUGGUACAAGCCGGAAGAAAUCCAAAAGCUGAAGGACGAUCCAGACCUGCUGCUCAACUACCGCAAGAGAAUUGAGUACGCCAUCAACACAGGCUUCGCUAUGUUUUACGCCGACACUGAAGCCUCCCGCAUGGCAGAAAAAUACAUGAGGAGCGAGAUGGUAGAAGAUUGGGUUAUCAUCCAAAACUGUCUGAGAGGCUUAUCCCCAAAUGGGCCCCUGGCUGUCGGAGAUGGCUAUCUGGAAGCCUUGGUCAAAGAUAAUGUCGUAUCAAUCUACGAAGAGAUUGACAGAAUUGCCUCCAACGGGAUAUACACCACUGAUGGUCAGUUCUUUGAGGUUGAUAUUAUCAUCUGUGCUACCGGCUUCGACAUGGCUUGGACACCGCAUUUCAAACUCCUCGGACGCAAUGGCCUUGAUAUCAAGGACUCCUGGAAUCCUGCACCAAACUGCUACUUGGGUGUGGCAGCACCCGGGUUCCCCAACUACUUCGUCAUGAACGGUCCGAGAUCGAAUCUUUGCAACGGCACAGUACUUCCCUGCCUGGAGACUGAGAUUGAGUACGUCAUCAAGGCUGCCAAAAAGAUGCAGAGCGAUCGAAUUAAGGCACUUGAUGUCUCGGAGGAUGUGACCUUCAAACUGAACGAAUACCUCGAGAAGUGGCACUCAACCUCGGUAUGGGCGGACCAGUGCAAAUCAUGGUACAAGAACAACACCGUCGACGGCAAAAUUAUGUGCUGGGGCGGCUCGUCUCUGCAUUUCUUGAAGUGCAUCAAGUAUCCGCGAUGGGAACAUUGGAACUUCACCUACUUGGAUGAUGAUGUAUGGGGCUUCCUUGGAAAUGGGAAGACUGAAGGCGAGACGAAAGGGGAUUUCGAGCUCAUGACUCCUUAUCUUCGCAAGUCGGAUACAGACUGGGACAUUCGAUGA